AUGGCAACAAUCACUCUUCCUCCGCCAAACGCAAAAUACCAAUUCAGCGUCUUGCCAAAUAUUUUCAAGCAAGGUCUUCCCGAUACUGAUGCCGAUACUUUUGAAUAUGCAAAGGAGAACUUUGGACUCAUUCAACAAUCUUACCCUUCGGAUGAUACCCUUGAUAACGCUACCGAGAAGACACAAUGGCAGAGAUUCGAGCAUUACAUCAGCGAACUGAAUAAGAAUGCCGAACCAGGUGUCGAGUAUAAAGUCCUGUAUCUUGGUAGACAUGGACAAGGAUACCAUAACGUCGCCGAAUCGAGAUAUGGCACCAAACUCUGGGAUGACUACUGGGCCAAACAAGAAGGCGAUGAACACGCCAACUGGGCAGACGCACACUUGACUCCUAUCGGCGAGCAACAAGCCCGCGAUGUAAACACCUUCUGGAAGUCCGUUCUAACGCAAGCAAAAGUGCCUGCCCCAGAAGUCUACUACACAUCUCCCUUUUACCGCUGUCUCCAGACCUCCUGGAUCUCUUUCCACAACCUCGAUUUACCUACUGACAGACCGUUUGUUCCUAUUGUCAAGGAAUUGCUCAGAGAAACCAAUGGCGUGCAUACCUGUGAUCGUAGAGGUCCUUCUUCGACCAUCCGCGCCGACUUUCCAACUUACAUCCUGGAACCAGGUCUUCCAGAGACGGAUGUCUCAUGGACACCAGACCAUCGCGAGACCCCUGUUGAACACAUUCUCAGAGAACACAUUUGCCUAGAACAAAUUUUCGCAGAAGAUAACAGGGUGUGGUUGAGUCUGACGGCGCAUUCGGGAACGAUUGCUGCUAUUCUCGGAGCAGUGCAACAUAGACCUUUUGUUUUACCCACCGGAGGUUUGAUUCCUGUUGCUGUCAAGGCGGAGAAGUUGCUACGUUGA